AUGAGCAAACAGACUGAGACUGAGGCAAAGGUUGCAGAGAUAGUGAAGAAGCAGAUUGGAAAUACAGGGAUCAAGCAAGAACUGUUUGAGAGAAUAUCGAUACAAACUGUGGUAUGUGAUGGAGGAGAGAAUGUGUUAGUAGUGAAGGUUCCAAAGGUCAUCCUGCAGGGAGUGCAUAUGAGCUAUGGAAAUGUGGUGAAAGCAAUUAAGCAACAGUUCCAUGACUAUUUUAUUAUGUUUAUUAGAAGCUUUGAGGCGGAGCGUGAGAAUGGAGAGGCUAUUAAGCAGGGAUAUUCUGAAAGGGAAAGUAAUUGGAUUGCGAAUGCAUGUUUUCCGUAUUUACUUACUGGAGUGCGUACCGAUGUUUAUAGCAUCAACGAGUCUGUUACAAAUAUUCUUCUUGAGGCUCGGACUGCAUUUAGCAAGGCGGAGAUGGAUAUCAUAGGAGUGGUGCUGAGCGAGCUGCUUAAGAAGAGAUGUGUUGUUGAUGUCAAUCACCAUACGAAGAAUUAA